ACCGACCGCCAGCACACCGGAUUCUUGCGCAUUGGAUUCAUAUUUUGGGCUAUCCUGCGUUUGGAUAGAAACCAAGUGGAAGAGCCGCUUGGCACGUUGGAUCUUAUAAAGGGGGUUUAAGCAAUGGCUUCUUUCAAGGAAAUACAACAAACGUCGCGACCGCUCUCGCACCGGCCGUCCAUCUCGUCCACAUCUGUACCCGGCGGUCUCACAAUCAGCCGACAAACCCACUCGCGGAACAAUUCGCACUCGCUCCUCGGCAGCGCCCUCAAUGGCACCCACCGCGUUACCCGCCGCAAGAGCAUGACAAACACUGGCGCCAAUAUGGCAGCGAUAGCCACGGCUCUGCAGGAGUCUGGCGAUGUUGCCACGCCCCUCCCUAUCACCGUCAAUGGCCGUCGAAACACCAUUUCUAAGAACGGGCUCACUCGGUCGGCGAUCGUGGGAAGCCUGCCCUCCCCGCCGGCCAGCCUCCCGACUCGCCGUUUUGCGACAGGAAACGGAACGGUCAACGUGCAAGACAGCGCGAUCGACGACGAGAUGAACGACAUGUCCGGGGACGACGCGGAAUCUGCCUUCCAGAAGGCUCGCGUGAGGAGGGCCAGCGAUGGCCAGCCGCUGGUCAAGGAAGGUGGCCGGAAGAGCAACCGCCCGGAACUUCGCUGCGAGAAGUGCGGGAAGGGAUACAAGCAUAGCAGCUGCUUGAACAAGCAUUUGUGGGAGCACACUCCCGAAUGGUCGUACACUUCCAAGCUCUUGAUUUCCAAGCACCAGCAAGUGCAGCUUCUGGAGGCUGCCUCGGUGCUGGUUGCCAUGAACAAUAGUGCAAACAACAGCCUCUCGUCCGCCACUCCUGCUACCAAUGCGGCAGCCAUCACCACGACGCCCCCAGACUCGACUAGGCAUUCGAUCAGUGACCGGGACUCCGCGUCUCCCGCGGCGAGCGGUUACUCGGAGCAGCACGACGGUGGCUCGGCCGACACGACCCCGCCGCCGCAGCUGGACGCAAUCCACCCAGCCAAUGCGUCUUAUAGGGGCUUCGACAGGAGAUAUGGCAGUGGCAGCGGCGUUUCCCGGUCAUUCCAGACCGCGGCCUAUGCCAGCUCAGCCGCCGGCAGCAUCCCAAGCGUCUCCGGCUUUGGCCACUUCCGGCAGCUCAGUCAGGACCAGAGACCCACGUCGUCGGGUAGGAACGCGACAGGGCAGGACGAUCGCGAGUUGGCGGCAGCUGUUGAGCUACUUAGUUGCAGCUUCAACAGCAACGGCGGCUCCCGAACGGUGCAAAUCCCGGCGGAUGCCCCGCCGGUGCCGCCACUUCCCGCGCAAUACCUCGAUCAGGGGUCGUUGUACGGCACAAGCUUCAUCAGCAGCUACCCUAGCAGGGCACCUGAGAGCUUCACGCGCGGCGAGCUACGUCGGGCGGAUGCCAAGAUGGAGGGCAGUCCCGAGAGCCUUAUGGGCGAUGACGACGAAGACAUGCGGGACGAAGACAUGCGGUCGCGGGCUCGAAGCGACGAGGACGACGACGGCGUCUUUGGCAGGAUGGAGGAAUGAGUUGUCAACCGGCAGCUAGAUGGGACUCUAGGCGGAGAAGCUUGUGCAUCAGCUAUGAGCCGCCGGGACCAUGGUAUGGAUAUGGGAUAUGAUGGAAACGGUCUCUUUUGCCUGUUUGUUUGUGUAAGCGUGUAAAUGGAAUCGCUCCGCCGACGAACCUUGGCACCGAUGAGUG